AUGUCAGUCUCUACCAAUUUCAGUGUGUUUAUUAAGCAAGUUGUUCAAGCCCAAGGGAAGGAUGGGCAUGUUCCUUCAAGCGAAAGGAAGAGGAAAAGGCUUACUACCCAGGACCAGUUAUUAAUGCAAUUACGGGAGACAGAAUUGCAUAAGCGAGUCAGCCAAUGGAUGGAUUCUAUGAAUUCUGACAACGGAUUUGUGACAAGUUUUGGCAAUCAGCAUGCUUUGCUUGAGAUUGCAGCAAAUGUGGCUUCGGGUGGGGUCAAGCAUUCAACAUUGAACCCUGGUUCUUUUGGUCGAUUACACUCUACAGAUUCAGCGGGUUCUGCAAAAGGCAAUUAUGAUGGUGUCUUUGUUGAAAUGAGUGAGCCAGUUACCUGCAACCGGGAGCAAGGGCCUGGUAAAAUGAUCCAAACUAUUAAUCCAAGUCCAAGUGGCUGCAGUGUAAACAAUGGCCAUUUAAUUGGCAAUGAUGCUCUAACGAAGUUGUUGUUGGCCCUACCCUCUCAUAUGUGGUCUGGAAUUAAGGAACCAAACCUAUCUGCAGAGUUUAACAGCCUUGUAUCAAUUGGGAGUGUUCCUCACAUACUCAAGAAAGAGGUGCUGAGAUUGUGUCAACAGCUCGAGUUUCUUAUGAUGGAUAUUGGUUCAAAUGUUGUGCAUAAGGGGCUAACUACAGUAUCAGACUAA